GUGUGUAACAGCUGUUGAGCUGCAAAAGUCACUUCAGCUGAAAAUAACUUUCAAUUUUUUUCAUACAUUUGUUGGACAACAAAUUUAAAGUGGUGAGAAAGUGGAUAAAAGCGCAACAAACUGGAAAGUUUUCGGUCAAGAAAAUUCGCGGAGCUUUUGUGGGCCAAAAUGCAAAACCAGUAAAUACACGGAAAGCAAAGAAGGCCAGUGAUAGUCGGUUUUGUUCAAGCGCCGCGCCAACGUCAAUAUAUAGUUGUACAACGAAAUUUCGUGCUAUUUUUAACUGAUUGGCAUUGCUAUUGUGUGAGUGUUGAGAAAAAUUUUUGCUGAGUAUAAAAUUGUUGAGCAGAGCUUGAAAUAGUGAUACGGUGUUACCUCAACAGAAAAACUCUAGUGGCAGUCCCGCGACAAGUGCUUACGUGACGUCAUUUACAUACAUAGUAACAUAGCAAAGCUGAUACAUGAAAUUUAAUAUAUGUACAUAAUUAUUACAAAAGCAAUAUUGUACGCGCUUUAAACUGUGAUUCAAACGAGCUUUCUUUUUAAAGCAAAAAAAAAAUUCAAAAUACGAGCGACAGUGUUCUUUUAUUAGUCAUAAAUAUUUAAUUAAGUUACAACAAAAAUGCAAGCAGAUAAAUAUCAACUAGUGCGUUAUGCUCGAACUUGUUUACGCUUAUUCCAACCGCAACAAACACACACAAACAAACAACAAACACGAUUAUUAACACAAUUGGGAAGCCAGCGAAAUCAGUUGAAUUUAGUAGGUGGCACCACACUUGCCAACACCAUAGUGAACACCAAUUUUACUGCCAGCACUAUCAGCGUUGCCGGCAUCUUUUUGCAGCAACGCUAUCAACAUGCCCACCUCCCGCGACUGCAAGGCAAUACAUAUAACCGCCAUAGUAACUUCCGUCAGCCACAUACCAAUAUUUGUACACAAGUUAUUACACAGUUACGCGGCAAAUAUCCAACCGAUACGGUCCAUGAGCCUUUGUGUUCGGAACGCGCGCGUGAAUUGGUCUACAAUUUAAAGGAUUCGGAGCGUGAGGCUAUCAAGGGGGCGCUAGCGAAGUAUGAUUCUGAACGCCAACGGGCGGGCUAUGAAGGCAAACUUGCAGCAACACAAUGGCGCACACGCUUCGGCCGCCCCUCGCAGGUGCCACGACUGGGCGAAGUUGAUCCUACAGGGCGUUUUUGCGCCUUUCCCGAGGAUUGGCUCAAACAAAGAGCGGCGGCCAAGGCUCCCCCUCCCACCAUGUCGGAUUUACGGCGAAUUUGCAUAGUGAACGCAGUGCCAUUUAUCGCUUUUGGCUUUCUGGACAAUUUCGUCAUGAUAGUUGCGGGCGACUCAAUCGAAAGCAUUUUUGGCGCCUUCAUGUGCAUCUCAACGAUGGCCGCCGCUGGUCUCGGCAACACAGUGAGCGAUAUACUCGGCAUCGGCUCGGCGUAUUAUGUGGAACGUGGUUGCGAAAUGAUGGGCUUUCGCUUACCCGAUUUGACGCCAGUUCAAAUGGAAAUGAAAUCCAGUCGGCACUCAGCCAAUUUGGGUCGCAUUAUUGGCAUAACAAUUGGUUGUCUCUUGGGCAUGGUUCCUCUCCUCUUUAUGAAGAAGAAAGAUCCAAGUGAAGUUGCGGCUGCAAAAUCCGAAGAUUGUUAAGGCUCCAAAUUUUUCGUUUAAUUUUUUUGUUUUAAUUCCGUUCCAAAAUUAUAUUAAGUUAAAGUAUACCUAUGUAUAAGUGCUAUACUUUUUUUCGCAUAAAUUGAUAUAAGAUAUUUUUUCAUGAUUUUAAAGGUUAGAAUUGAUUUUAGCAAUUGGUGUUACUCAGAAAGAUGCAAUAAAUGAAAGAAGACUAAACAAAAUAUUGUACAUAAAUACAUAGCAAAUUAUGUUAUCGAAAAAUAGUUCAAUAACAUUAAAAAACUGGUUUUUUUAUUUAAUUAUACAUUUUACUUUUAAAUUCAUAUACGUAAAUGUAUAUAUGUAUUUAGGUGUAUGAUUUUUUACGUUUAUUAUGUGCAAUUGACUUUUUAUGUUUAACAUACUUUUUUUAACAAUAUUGUUUUAAAAUUUUGAGCGAAAAUAUAUGUGUAAUUUUUUAAGAAAUAUGCCGUAUAUGACUUUUUUACUUAUCUUUGAUUAGUAGGUGAGCCUGUUUUUCAAUAAAAUUUAGAUUUUUUUUAACGUUUGUUUUUGUUUUUAUAUUUUAUUACAAUAUUGGAUUUUUCAUUGGUUAAACCCACUAUUUUAAUGCGCUUGUAAAUUAAAGCAAAGCGAACUUUACUUCGCACAAAAAUGUUUCAGACGCGCGUAACCAUACUUCGAGUAUCAGUGAAUGAUGCUUCGAGAAAUAUUGUAUAUCAAUUUUGUUUUAGAAUAGAUCAAGCUGACUGUGCUUGUCUAGAGAAAAUGAAACUCACACUAAACGACAAAUCAAAAAUAACAAAUUCUCCUGCAUAUUUCAACUUUCUUAUUUCAUAACUCAUUUGCAAAUUAACUAUUCAAUCAACUAACUAUAUGCCUUACACUAAUCACACGUGUACCUUCAACUUAUGUAUUGCUUUUUUAGAAAAAGAAAUUUAACACUUAUUGAAAUUCGUAUUAUCUACCGAAAGUAUUAGCAAAAUUGUUAUAUAGCCACAAAAAACUGCUGAAGCCUGACUAAAAAAAAUAUAUACUUAUAAGUAAAAUGAAAAUAGUAUAUACUCACUUAGAGCAAUGAUAAAGAUAAAGGUAG